UUUCAAAUUUCAUUUCCUUUCCUUCACCUCGACCUGAAUUUUCCAGCUGUGUCGUCAAAUGUUGAAGAGUAACGGUGGUUCCCGGUAUGACCUCACACGGGAAUUCAUAAGGAGCUGGUAACACAAACAAAUGUGGGAGUAGAAACCUUUUUGGGGAAAAAAAACGCAAACCUACGUAACCACGCGGCGUCACGGCGGUUUUUACGGGACCACUGGCGAAGUACGGGGGAAGUGGGCGAUGAGUCAGACGCGUACUGGAAAGGGCAGUUACCGGAAAAGGAAAAAGGGUGAUGUUGGAGAGAGAGAGAGAUCGGACAGCUCAGGAGAAAAGCCAUUCCCUGUUGGAAUGGGGAAUAGCUGUGCAGGUGGACGUGGGAGCAGCUGGUACAUGUGGAAAGUUGUUGGGACUCCUGGUGGGCUGACAGGUCUGGCAGUGGCUGCGAAGCUUUUAAAUAAAAGUAGGGAGUCAGAGGAAGUGAGCCAAACAUAAGAUCAUUAUGGUAAUAUCUCACAACCACAAAACGUGUCCCUUGUGUGGGUCGGUGACUUUAAAGUACGGCUGUCGUGGGCACGUCCGCAGGAUUUGAGGGAAAACUGCAAAUACAAGGUUGGAGAGUUACAUCGUGGUGAGGAGGCAACGAUUUCAACACCAUCCUGGGAAGGUAGGGUGCCAAUGGAUAGAGGAUUUCUUCAAGUGUCUGUCAGAACUGUCUGUGACAGACAGACAAGUCCACCAGUUUUCAAGAACUUGACUUACCCAGAGCUGGUGAAGAAUUUGGAGUGCAACAUCCAUACUUCCAAACACACUCGCUGCUCUUGGAUCCCAGUCAGUGGACACUCCCCCAGUUUUUUCUAUGAGUUAGAAGAUGGUGGAGGAGUUAACGAAGAAAACUUCCGCUUAAGAGCGUGCCCACUGUCCACUCAUGAUGGCAGAACUGGUUGCAAUCUGACUGCACACAACUACUACAAGAUCCACAUCCUGAUUAAUGAAACGCGGGACAACGAGACUUACAUAAACAUCUUCAGUCUUGACUUUCAAGUGAAACCUCCUGCUCUCCAUUGGACAGUCACUAAUGCCGGGAAUGAAUUCAUUAUAAACUGGACUGCACCUGACAUAAGAGGAGGGAAAUUUAUAAUCAAUUACACCGAAUGCAGUGAAAAUAAGAAGAUAGACGUAACUGAAGGAACCUCAUAUAAUCUCUCCAGAGUCCCUCACUGUGGGUACAACAUGAAGAUUAAAGCAGAGUCGGAGCUUCACAAGUGGGAGACACCAUGGAGUAUUCCGUAUGAAUUUGAUGCAGAUACAAAUCCUAAUGUGUUGCUGGCUGCCGCCAUCGUCAUCCCAUUGCUGAUUGUCAUCCUGGCAGCCCUGCUUCUUGUGUGUUGGAGGAAGAACAAGAACAUCAUUUUCCCCAAAGUACCAAAACCUCGGGACCUCCUCAGCGAUAUUUCUGACAACAACAAUAAGACCAGUGUCUCCAAUCUCUACGUCCCAGCAGAGGAGGAAGAAAACUGUAAAAUCACUCUUGUGGUAGAUCCCCAAAAUAACAAACCUGACUCCUGACACGUUUCUGCAGUGGAGAGAAGUGAACUGAAAGGUGUUGGACUGUUUAACUGGUGAGACCGGGAGAUUGUUGAGAGAGUGCUUCUCUUCUUCUCUCUGCUCAAACAGACGUUGUGCCUUCAAUUAUUUGGUGGCAUGUUGAAAAGUCAUCAAGGAAGUUAAAUUGCACUAAAAAACAAACAAAAGAAACUGUGGCAGUUACUAUACUGUAGCACUGCACAUUUUGGUUCACAAACUGAUGCAGCUGAAGUCCGACUUUACAAGUCUUAUUCGCUAUUAUUUAGACAGAUUGUUGCAGGAGUCAGUCACACUGUAUGAUUUAUGCACACCAGCAGCUCCUUCUUUGGAAAUGUAUUUGCCUUCGAUUACAUUGCGGGUGUCAGGAUGUAAUCUUUACAAGCACAUGUACAUAUGCAUUUUUUACAUAUGCAACUAUUUUGGUAAUGAAUGAGUUGUUUCAGAGCUUUCCAAGCAUACAUCUUCUGGUUUUAGGAUGUGUGAAAAUUUCAGGAAUCUCUCGAACAACAGAUAUAUAAGAUAAUUUAAUUGUAAGUGAACAUCUGGGUUUUUAAAUGUCUCACUAGAAGAAAUUGCAGGCAACAGUCAUCGAGUUACAACCAGCCUGUUUGCCACACCCAAAAACAAACACAUUUACUUAUGUCUCAAGACGAACUUAAUAAAAUGACCAGUCAUGGCCAGUCGCUCACUUGACUGAUGUACUACGAAGAACACAGUCUAUAAAGGCGUAGCCCCAAGAGUACUCAACAUACAGUUCCUUUGAAAAUGUUUCUUACACAGAACUCACCACAACAUUGUCCGAUUGUCUGAUAUCUGCUUGGACGCACAAUUGAAUAACUGAGGCUUUUGAUGCUUUUUGCCUUUGAUAUUACUGUAUAUAAACAUUUCUGGGUCUGAGAGCUGACCUACACGAUCUCACUGAUUGAGUUAGACUGUGGUGGGUGCAGCUUUUUUUUUUUAAAGUUUAUUUAUUAUUAGUCAAACAAACUAUUUAGCUUUGAAUUACAUUUUUCUCCCAGGCUGUAUUGAGCUGGGACAGUAGGGUGAAAUCCCCCUCUAUGGUAUUUACUAUGAAUGGAAGAUGAAUGAAUGGUGCACUCAUGUUUUAUCAAUACUGGUGCACUACAGUGAAUGUUUAGAUACUGAGAUUAUCCUAUGCUAGGAGAUAUAUUUUAUUUUUUAUUUUUGCUUUUAUUGCCAGUGUACCAAUAAAUGUUUUUUUUCUCAA